GACUUGCUUGUCGGGAUGUGGAAUACUGAUACAAGGACAGGCCAAUUAAACCGUUACACUGACACAGGACGACACAUACAGACCAUACAGCACGAAAACACAGGUCAGGGACUGUAUAAUAGACCUAUCUACAUCACAGAGAACCGAAAUGGAGAUGUUAUUGUGUCUGACUAUUACUGUUAUGCUGUAGUGGUGACAGACAGUACAGGCAAUCAUCGCUUCUCCUACACAGGUCCUCCAUCAGGAUCACGACUAACACCACGUGGAAUCUGCACUGACGCGCUGUCACACAUCUUGCUGUGUGAUUGGGACACCUACUCAGUACAGAUUAUUGAUAAAGAUGGUCACUACCUGACAACAAUAGAGAGGGAACAACACGGGAUAGACAGACCAUGGAGCCUGAGUUAUGAUGACAACACCCGGUCUGUCUGGCUCGGUUCAUACAACAACAACACAGUGAACAUCUACAGACCUAUCUAUGGAGGGGAUAAUCUGAAUGAUCCAAGCAGUGAUGCUAUAAAUAAAGUGGAUGAGUUGAAGAAGUUUCUGAGGAAGGAGAAGACAACUGUCACCCAUGCCAGAGGAAUACUUGUUGGAUGUGCGGAGGCUGGAAAAACAACGCUACUGAAGAGAUUAAGAGGGCAAAGUCAAACUGUCAGCAAAGCUACAAAGUCAUCCAGGGGAAUAACAACAUUGCUGAAGAGAUUAAGAUGGAAACGCCAAGAUUUCAGUGAAGUUACAGAGUCCACCAGGGGACUGGAAGUCCAUCAACAUCUAUUCAUUGUUAGAGAUGGCGUUUUAGAAGUGGCUGAUGAUGACUCAACAUUCAAGUCAUUUAUCAGAAUAAAUGCUGCAGAUUUGAAACCAGACCCAAGCAGCAGUGCCGUUGCCAGCUCUGAUGCAAAUGAAAAAGAAAAUUUGGAAGUAGGAAGUACUGAUAAAAGCACUGAAGUAGUUUAUAACCGAGAGGAAAAGAAAGAAGAGAAUGUGGAAAUGUCUAGUUCACCAACGGAGGGCACAGAAGAAGAGAACUCAGUAGAGAUAAUGGCCAGUCUUAUCUCUUCAGAAGCUACAGCUAUGGUAAAGGAUGAAAUUUUUCAGAAAAUCUUGUCUGAUAAAGAAAAAUUACCAACUGUCAGCAUGCUGGAUUUUGCUGGCCAGUUAGCCUAUUAUGCCUGUCACCAAAUUUACGUAACACCAAAGGCCUUUUUUAUCCUUGUGUUGGACAUGACUAAGAGGUUUGAGGAUGUGGUGGAUCAAGAGAAAGAUAAUCAAGAGGGAUCAAUCUUCUCAGUAUGGACGUACAAAGACUACCUGAAGUUUUGGAUUACCUCAAUCAAGGCAUUUGGAGGCAAAAAGGCACCACUGUUUCUUGUUGUCACACACACGGAAACAAAAUCUACAGAUGUAAGUAUUCUGUCAUAA